AUGUCACAGGGAGGACUUGCCACGGGUGUGCAGUGGCAAAGCUCCUUGCUGUGUUUCUCACAGAGUGGCAUCUGGCGUGACGUGUCGCUGGGUGCAGCAGCCAAUGCCUGCACAGCUGCCCCCUGGGCCGAAGCGCAGGAGCUGUUGCGCCAGAGUGGCCAGCGGCAGUUGCGGCGCUCCAACUUCGUAAUCCAUGCGGCCACGGAAGCCCUGCGAGAUGAGUGGCCACGCUCCAUGUGGCUCCUGGCGGAGCUGAAAUCCUCUCAGCUUCAAGUGGAGGCCACCUCGGUGAGUUGUGCCUUGCGAGUUUGCGAAGGUGCUGGACACUGGGAAGCGGCUUUGGAGCUGAUCAUGGAGAGCUCCCACAGGCGCAUGGUGGACCUGGUCUCGGCCAACGGCGCUUUGAGUGCGCUCUCCACCGCCCAAGCGGCUUCGUGCGCUGCGGCGCUCGUGAGGUCGCUGUCCUCCUGGCACCUGCAGCCCGAUCGCUACAGCUUCAACAGCCUCAUCGCAGCCUACGUGGGCGCCACGUCGUGGCUCCAAAGUCUCCAAGAGUUCGAGCACAUGGCGUGUGGCUUCCUCCAGCCCGAUGACGUCUCAUAUCGAGCGCUGUUGAGUGCAGGUCACAACCUGCCUUGGACGCUGAGCCUCACUGUCCUGGAGUCCCUCGGAGCCCUGGACGCCUCGCCCUCCGUGCUGGCGCUCCACGAUGCCUCGCGGUCGGCGGAACGUGCCGGUGGAGCGCGAGUGGUGCUGGCCACGCUGCUGGAGCUGGGAGAGGGAGCGAUGGGUUUGGAGAUGGGAGGUCCAAGGAUUUACCGCGCAUUCCCCAUGGCCUCUUCGGCCACUGAUGCCCAGCCGGACGGCGAACAUCUCCUGGGGGAUCCUAUCUUGGAAGAGUUCUACAACAUCCUUCGCGCGCAUUGGGCAGAAGCGGAGAACUCCGGCACAAUAGAGCGCUCUGAUUCAAUUCAGUCUGAUGGAUACUCAGACACGCCCUUGACUGACUUGGAUGGAGAAGAAGGAGCAGAGGAAGAGGAAGCUACUGAGCAUCAUCAGGAAGAAUCGCAAGCAAUCACUGAGACCAUAGUGAUUCAGGAUAGCCAGUACUCUGAGGACAGCCAGGAACCCUUUGGAUAUGAGGACAGCCAGCCGCCUCAAUCUCUGCUCGAUGAGAGCCAAGCUGCUGAGCUGGAGCCAUCCAAGCAGGAGGAAGUUGAGAAGGUCAACUCCAUGCCACCUCCACCAGUGCCAAAGAAGGGGCCCAGCCUGAAUUUGGCUGGUGUGAGGGUGCAGUUGCCUGCAACCCCCAUGCCUGACGAAGUUGCUAAGUAUGCGACCCUUGCGAAAGCUAGAGUGGCACAGUUGCAGCAACAGCUCGAGGCAAAGCGGAUUUUGCGAGAAGCUGAGAUCUCUGCGCAGGGUGCGUUUCGGGAUGCUUUGGGUGGAAGCAUCUCAGAUGUUUUAGGUAUGGACAACGCUGAUACGCUUCCGAUGGAGCAGGAUGAAGCCACGGCAGCCAUUUUGCGGGCGCCGACUCGCAUCUUGGGUGAGGACAGUCCCAGCCCAGCGCAAGAAGUUCUUCCUGGCAAGAAACUGCCAGAGCCACCCAGUGCUUCUGGGCAUGAUUCGACUAGCUUGGAGCCUGCAAAAGAGGUUGAGAAGGAGCCUGUGCACCCCAAGCCCGAUCCUCCUCGUUCUUGUCACUCACAACUGGAUCAACCAGCUGACCAAGAUGACAAUGAUUUGGAGAGAAUCACGAUGCUUCCAGUCAAUGCAGAGGCGGUUUCCAAGUUCUUUGGACUCUCAAAGAAAACAAUUAAGCAAGAUUCUGCUACAAUUGUGGCUUCAUCUUCGCAACAAGUUGUUGAGGUGGCCAGGGCAAGUGAGCCUCCUUUGGUUGCUGUGGGUCAGGGCAUGGCUGAAAUGCCCAAGGUUGCUGCAGCAAGCCCUCCUUCUGAUGUGGUCGAAGAGGGUCCGGCGAAGACCGGCGAUGCAGCGAUCGGUGCAAGUUCUACUUUGGAAGGAAAGUCUGGUGGCAGUGCGGCUACCAAAGGUUCCACUGAGCCUCAGGGAACGUCAAGGCCGCUUCUGGACCCUCCUUCUGCCUCAAUGCCUAUUGUGAUGAGGGAAGCCCAACAAGCCUUCAAGGCUGCAAAAAAAAACAAACGUCCAAAGGAUCCUGAAGCAAAAGAACAUGAACCUGCUGAGGGGGAUGGUCUUCCACCAAAGGCCGAAGCUGGUGGAGGUCGGAAAGCCCAGCAGUGCAAGAUGAAGCGCCCAGCUGCUUGCCCGGCCAAGAGGAUGAAGACUGAACCUGCAGCGCGUAACUUGGAGAGUGAGUUCGAUUCUGCAGCAAGUGACGCUGCAACGAAAGGCACUGCUGAAGAAGGUGAUGUUCCAAAGCCAAAGACGAGGCAGUCCAGGAAGAAGAAAGCUGAUGAGGAGACUUCAGCUGAGGUGGCCCAGAACAUUGAUGGCAAGUCCAGCCGCAAAGCAGAGUCGGAAGAGGGCCAGCUCAGUGGAAAGGAGAGCAAGAAGCCCAGGAAGUCAAGAGCAUCAUCCCGACCUGAAGAGGAGGAAGGCUUGCGAGUUUUGCCUCUUGGCCUGAAGAAGGACUCUGGUGGGGAACGAUGUACCUUUGCUGGGCGGCCGGCUCCAAAGUCAGCAGAUGCCAACAACCGGUUCACCGUGAUGCUGACGACCUUUACCUCCAAGAUUGCGCCGUUCAUCACCACCAAAAGUGCAGUUGAGACCUUGCAGUUGAUCUGGUGGAACUACGCAUUCAAGAAGCUGUUGAACUCGGAGAGCUCAACCGUUGCGGACUACCAAAGGAUCGCAGCCGAGGAGGCAAUUGCUUUCAUGCGCAGUGACCUCAUCAAAGACUACCUGAUUACUGAAGAGAGCUGA